AUGCCAACUUUACUCACCAAAGGAGUGGAGAACCUGUUACAGGCACGUAUUGAACAGUCAAGGCGUCUAAAGGUUCAAGAAAUUGAUGAAGAUCGAUUUGAAGUAAGUGGUGGUAACUCAACGCAUGUUGUCAAUCUGAGGUAUAAGAGGUGUUCAUGUAGGCGUUUUGAUCUAGAGAGGAUGCCAUGCGUACAUGCUAUCGCAGCCGCAUAUACGGCCAACGUAUCAGUUAUAAACCAGCACCAUCCAUACUUCCGCAGAGACAGCCUCUGCAGUGGGUAUGCGGAGGCGAUAAUGCCGAUAGAUACAUCCUGCAUCGUUCCUACUGAUAUUACACCGUCCAGAUGUAAACCGCCUUUUGUUAGGAAUCCUCCAGGAAGGCCAAAGAUGACGAGGAGGAAGUCUUUUGUCGAGGUUGCGUUGGAGACGAAGCGGCCCCGCAAACAGCAUGCUUGUUCUCAGUGUCAACAGGUUGGCCACAACCGUACAACAUGUCCAGCUAAUACGUAG